AUGUCGACAACCCACUUCCAAGAAACAGCCCUAGAGCACCGCUCCUCCCUCGGCAGCUCCACCUCCCUCCUCCGUAAACACCCCCACCAAUCCUCCAACCCCUCCCUCCCCCGCGCCCAAGGCAGUCUCCGCGCCUACCACUCCGACAUCUCCCUCGCCCCUGGCGGCGCCUGGGCCGCACGUCUCUCCCGCUCGACCUCCAACAUCAGCGACGACUCCACCGCAUCCUCAUCCGCCCUGCAACGCUCCCAUUCCCUCCUGGAUGAUCUGGACGCCGAGGAGCAGCAUACGUGUGCGGAGAUCUUGCUGGCGGCUGAGACGCUGGAGAAUAUGGUUAAUGAGAGCGUGUUUGUGGGGGCGGCGCCGUAUCGGAAGAUGAAGAGCGGGAAUUUAGGGCAAAGUGCGCUUUGGAGAGACAAUAUGGGGGAUAAGGUGCUGAAGUUGGUGUAUGGGACUAUGAAAUAUCUGCCGUACAUCGACACGAUUCUCGUAAAAACCCAGUUCCUUGUAUACAACAACGAGUUCCUAAACCAACUCGCCAUCGUGAAGAUUAUGAUCUACGACCUCAUGAAAAACCACUUCGACUACCACAAAUACCCCGGCAUCGACUACACCCUCCCCGCCGACGCCCUUCCCACCGACAAAGACCACUUCGAGCUCGUCAAAGAGCUCGACCAGACUCUGCGCGGGUUCCAAGUCAAACUGGCCGCCGCGUACGCCCGCGUGCGGAUCGCGCGGAAGGCGAGCGGGAACACGAGUAAGGAGCAGAUGGAGAAUGUGUUGCCGGAGGGGAUACGGAGGAAGGAGUACAUUGCGGGGGAUAUGCCGAAGUGUUUGAGGGUGAAUCAUUUCAAGACGACGGUGGGGAGGGUUUUGGGGGAGCUGGAGGCUGCGUUGGGGAGUGAGAGCUUUCAGCAAGGAGUGGUCAUCGACCCAGACUUCCAGGAUCUGAUCGUAGUUUCGCCGGACUGCUUUGCGGAAAUCAAAGCCAGCAAGGCUGUCACUGAGGGCCGUUUGAUCGUUGAGGACAAAUCUAGCUUCUGGCUCCCCCAACACGUCCGCUCCAUCCUCCCCGACCUCAACCUCGAAGAAUCCCAACCCAUUCAAGUCCUCGAUGCUCGCGCUGGCUGCGGCAUCAAAGCCCUCCAUCUCGCAUCCCUCCUCAGCGAAUCCGGCACCGUCUUUGCCUGCGAAGCGCGGACUGGGAGGUUGGAGACGCUGAAAUUGCAUAAGGAGAUUCAGGGGUGUCAGAAUUUGGAAAUAAUCGAGUCAGAAUUUACCACCCUCGACCCCCUGGACCCCAAAUUCGCCAACGUGUCGGUCAUCAUCGUCGAGCCGUUGAACUCGGGGACGGGGAUACUCGACAAACUAGGGUAUCUGCUGCAAGAGGAGGAGUACUCGAGCGAACAGUACUCGCAAAAAGACCUCUGGGCACUCAAAUCCCAGCAGCUAGCCACGCUUCGGCACGCCUUUUCGUUCCCAAACAUAAAAGCAGUAACCUACGUAACCCGCUCCAUCAACGCCGAAGAGAACGAGGAGGUUGUGCGCGAGACAUUGGAGGCUCUCGAUGAUGCGUGGGAGCUUGGGUGUGUGUUGCCGGAGGUGCCUGUUGAGCGGAACCAGGAAUAUGAGAUUGAGGAAUGCCUAAAAAUCACCCCCUCAGAAGCAACCGGCAACGGCAUCUUCAUCGCCUCCUUCCACCCCACCCCGCCCUCCCCUCCCACUCCCCCAGAAGAAGUCGAUCCGUUAACCAACCCCACCGACCUCGACACCCCCCAAAAACGGCGGAGGAAACGCAAACCCCACAUCCGCCGUAAAGGCGAGCUGUUCGAGCCCCGCCUGACGAAAGCGAUGGCGGCCAGUGUCGCGCGGUUGAGUCUGCCGCGGGGGUUGAGUACGACUCGCGUGGUGGGGCCGGCGGGCGAGCAAGGGGCGGGGAGUACGCAGAAUCUCGCGGGCGCGGCGGAGGGCGAUCAUAACCCCACCCUCAAUCCCGCUGUUACGGAUCCCGCGGAUGCGUCAGAUGCGAAAGAGAAAGAGAAAGCACCGCCGCGAAAAGCGAAACAAGCCGCCCCGUCAUGGCAGAAACAGAUGGGGAUCUACGGGCUGAGUUUGGCGAAUUUCUGGGGCCCGAGGGAUGCUGCGUACAGGACGAUGAACGCCGGCGGCGGGAAGUGGGUUAGUGCGCCCAAGUUGGUUUCGUACCCGGUCCCGAAUCCAAAACCGUGGAAAUGA